CAUGGCCGGGCCGGUGGGGCCAGCAGCAACCAUGGUUCUUCUCAGCCUGGCAAUGGGGUUGGAGGCCAGCCCGGAGCUCUCUGGGUACCUGCGCAAGGUGCUGAGGAAUCACACUGCCCACACCUGUGACGGGGAGCAGCUCCUCAUCAUCUGCCCUCGCAAAACCACCAUCAGCAUCCUUGGUGCCUUCUAUGGGCGUCGUGUGCCCAGCCCCAACCUCUGCCCUAGCCCUGGCAAUGCCUCCCAGGAGAACAUUGAGUGCACGUCUACCACUGCCCACCUGAAGCUGCUGUCUGAAUGCCAAGACCAGCAGUGGUGCCAGUUCUCAGUGCACAGCCAAGUGUUUGGGCCGGACCCAUGCCCAGGGACACACAAGUACCUCAUCACUUCCUACAAGUGCCGGCCAGGGAACCAUCGGGUCAAGACCGUGUGUGAGAACGACAAGCUGAAGCUGCAGUGCCGACCAAAGUCCAUCCUGGCCAUUUAUUCCGCAAGUUAUGGACGAUUCCUGCGGGGCAAGCCAGAGUGUGAUGCCCUGAACACCAGGGGACCCCAUAUAGAGUGCUUGGCUCCAGAUGCCCUGCGGAGGGUCUCCAAGAGGUGCCACCGUAAGGUGAACUGCACAGUGGCUGCUGACCAGGCCACCUUUGGAGACCCAUGUCUCCCUGGCACAAAGAAACAGCUGAGAGUCUCCUACACCUGUGUGCCCAGGCAGCUGCUGGAGGAGGUGGGCUCUGACUCCUCGGACCCCUUCCUGCUCUCGGACUACAUGCAUGGUGGCUGGUACAAAGGGCCCAGGUUCUCCAAGCUCCGGGAAGACCAGAUGAUUUUUACUAGCUCUCUGGCAGCUUUUGCCCACCUCUGGGGUGUCCCAGAGAAAGUUGGCCUUUACUUUCUCUGUGGGGUCUCAGGAGGCCUUAUGCUCCUGCUGUGCAUCAUCAGCCCCAAAACAACCUUCCUCCAGGAGGUGGGACAGGCUCUAAAAGACCCAGAGCUGGGGAGCAGCUCAGAGCUGAGCAGGACCAAGCUGCGAGACGAGCAGGAUGAAGACCUUCCUGAUGACAGCUCCUCGGACUCCUCCUUCCGCCACCUCACUCGCACUUACCGGGCCACAGACAGCAUCUUCAGCCCUGAGCUGACAGCAGCCAUGGAGGGAGCAGUGGAGCACCACAGUCGUGGAGGGGAGGAGAUCUGGAUGCCCAAGGAGUCAAGUCCUUAUGCCAUUCACAAGAUCAAAUCAGCCACCAAAUAAGAACUGGAAGAAAAUGGCCAGAGAGCAUUGGGAGAUGGAGGCUAAGUGGGAUCCAACACGGAAGAGACACAAGAGUUUGGGCUCCUCGGGGUGAGUGGGCAUCUCGAGUGGCAGCAAGGUGACAGCAGCCGCAAUGUGGCCAUCAACCUGCUGCUCCACCAGCCUAGAAACCUCUAACCUGGGGCUGGAAAACGCAGUGCCUGUGUGUCAUGAGGAGCUGUGCGAUGGUUCAUGGAACUUCCUUUGCCACAAAUGUGCUGCUAACCCUAAACUAACCUUCCCAUUCUCAGCUCGCAUUGUCUGGCUCUAGUGCCUAACCUCGCUCAACCACACCAAGCCCGCCUUGAACUUUCCCAGCCUGUUUGCUCCUCCUUGUUCUUGAGUGCUGGCUUCCACUGCUGGUGCUGCAAAUUCUCCCCAGCACUCAGGCAGCACACAGUGCAGGGAGCGAGAGGGCUGAAUGUGUGGGACAGCGUCACAGGCAUCACCCAGCACGACCCUGGUACACCCAGGAGCUGAGACAGCCAGUGGCUUGGCAUGGCACUGCCUUUCACUUCCCCAUGGGCAUUUGGGAGCUCUGUCACCCUGCCUUGCUCUCUGCUUUCCUUCAUGCUUCCCCUUCUGGCAGGAGAGUCCUGGGGUUAAACUUGCUGGGGCUUUUCCCAGUAAAUAAAUGCAGCAGCUCAUAGGCUCUA